AUGGCGGCGCUGAAGGAGCAGGUGGAGGCCGAGAUGGCGCGCUACCGAGUGCUGCAGGACGAGGUGCAGGUGCUGGCCACGAAGCGGCAGACGUUCGCCCAGCAGGCCAACGAGAACGACAUGGUGAAGAAGGAGCUGGACCUGCUGGACGACGAGGCCAAGGUGUACAAGCUCGUGGGCCCCGUGUUGCUGAAGCAGGACGUGGACGAGGCCAAGAGCAACGUCAGCAAACGCCUCGAGUUCAUUAACAACGAGCUGGGCAAAGUGACCACGAAGAUCGAGGCCACGGAGAAGGAGGCGGUCGGGAUUCGGACCAACAUCUCGAACAUGCAGAUGGAGAUGCAGAAGCAGGCUGCAGAAGCUGCCCGGGGUGCCGUCGCGACUUAUUAG